CUGUAGGGAGAUCUAAACAUGAGUAACGGUCCAGAGGAUAAGACCAGAGAGAGAGAGAGAGACGGAGAGAAAUGAGAGCGAGAGACGGAGAGAAAUGAGAGCUGAGCUGAGUUCCAUACGUGGAUGUCCAGUGCCCACCAGUCUCAGCUGCUCUUUCAUCCCGAACAUUCAUUUCUCUACUUUCUAAAAACAGAGUUUGUUUAAUUGCUCUCGUUUCCUCUUUUAUUUCUAAUUAUGACAAGCAUGGCCGCAGAAUUCGCAUUUGUCAGAAAUGGUAGCACCGCCACUACCACUACUGCUGCCGCUGCCUUGUUCAGCUCAAAUUGGAAAGCUUCCGAAAGAAAGAGUCAUCAGUCACUACACACUUCUUGCAUGGAUGACAAGAACAGGGUCUACAAACAACUGGGAUUAUUUUCUUUGAAAAAGAAGAUUGAAGAUACAGUUCUCCGAGCUGAGAUGUUGGCCCCAUUGGCAUUGGAACUUGAAGAAGCAAGAAGAAAUAAGCAGGAACAACAGAUACGUGACUAUAACCUUUGGGAUGACACAGCUAAGUCCAGUGAGAUUCUUGCCAAGUUAGCUGACAGUGCCAAAGUGGUUGAUGCUCUUAAAGACUUGACAUAUAAGGCUGAAGAAGCAAAGCUGAUAACGCAGUUAGCGGAGAUAGAUGCUAUACAUUAUGGGCUUUUUAGGCAAGCAUAUGUUGCAUCUCUAGAUGUAAGCAAGCUUUUGGAUCAGUAUGAGAUGUCCAAGCUUCUCAAGGGACCAUAUGACAUGGAGGGAGCAUGUCUAGUUAUCAAAGCUGGAGGUGAAGGCUACCCUGAGGUAUGGGUAAAACAACUACUAAGCAUGUAUACCAAAUGGGCCAAAAAGCUAGGUUAUAAAGGGAGGGUCAUUGAGAAGCGUCCUUCCACAAAUGGUGGCAUCAAGUCAGCAACUAUUGAGUUUGAAUUUGAGUUUGCUUAUGGCUAUCUUUCAGGAGAGACAGGUGUUCACAACAUUAUAAGUUCGCAAAAUGGAUCUGCUUUGCAUUUGGCUAGCUCAGCAAGUGUGGAUGUUUUUCCUUUGUUUCUUGGAAAAGCUCAUGACCUACAAAUUGAUGAGGAGGAUUUAGUCGUCACAUUGCCAUCAGUGCUUGAAGAAGAACAGGGCCAAACUGGACCUUCAGUUUCCAUCCAGCACAUACCCACAGGUGUAACUGCGCAAUCAUCAGGUGAGAGGAGCCACUUUGCAAAUAAGAUCAAGGCCAUUAACCGGUUGAAAGGCAAGCUUCUCAUCCUUGCACUCGAACAAGGAGUUACUGAGGUUAGUGAUAUCAAGAAAGAUGACAUUGUCAAUCUGUGGCAGAAAGAGACUCGAACGUACAUGUAUCAUCCACACAAACUAGUGAAGGAUGUAAAAACCGGCAUCCAACUGCCUGACCUAAUGUCUGUUUUGAAUGGAAAUCUUGAACCUCUUAUUGUUGCUCAUAUUAAUUCAAGACAAUAAAGUUACAUGGUUUGGAGUUCUCUGAC